UUCCGCCAAUCCCGUUUGAAAUCCCGAACAUUUUGGGAUGUAUUUCUUCUUCGAAAUGUGUGUGCAUAUAUUGAGUGUGACUUAACAAAAAAAAGGAGAUUUUAUUUUGAAUUUAAAACACAAGUGUUUUGAGUUUUUCUAGUUGAUAUUAUUAAGGGUAUUUUAGAAUUGUUUGAUAUGGACAAUGUACCAAAUACAUGUGCGGACGUGAUAAGUGCGGGGUGUUUGGAGCCCUUGACUCGAGGGCGACAUAUAACAAGCACCCCAAAUAGUGCUGCUGUGGAUAUAACAACCAGUACACCGCGUGUUUUACAUCAUAAUGAUCGACUGAAGACUGGAUCUUCAUGUCAAGCGUUACGACAUGCGGUGUCAUCGCUAAAUCGUUUGGAUGAUUUUAUCCAAGAGAAAAUCGGAUCUGGAUUCUUUUCUGAAGUGUUUAAAGUUACACAUAGGACCACAGGUGAAGUGAUGGUUCUUAAAAUGAAUUUAUCGCGUUCAAAUCAACGUAACAUGCUUAAAGAAGUGCAGCUUAUGAACCGUUUAUCACAUCCUAAUAUUUUAGGAUUUAUGGGUGUUUGUGUACAUGAAGGACAAUUACAUGCGUUAACUGAAUAUAUAAAUGGUGGUUCAUUAGAACAAUUAAUACAAAAUUACUCAAUUGAGUUACCACAAUUAUUAAGAGUACAAUUAGCAUGUGAUAUUGCAAAGGGUAUGGAGUAUUUACAUUCACAAGGAUUCUUACAUCGUGAUCUUACCGAUAAAAAUGUAUUAGUUAAGAAAGAUGAAUCAAAAAACGAAAUGACAGCUCUUGUUGGUGAUUUUGGUUUGGCAGCUAAAAUUCCAGAUCCAACGAAAGGUUACAAGUUAAGUGUGGUUGGUUCACCAUAUUGGAUGUCACCAGAAUGUUUAAAAGGGCUUUGGUAUGAUGAAUCAAGUGAUGUUUUCUCAUAUGGUAUCGUAUUAUGUGAAUUAAUUGCACGAGUGGAUGCCGAUCCUGAUAUCUUACCACGUACUGAUAAUUUUGGUUUGGAUUAUAUUGCAUUUACUGAGAUGUGCGGACCGGAAACAUUACCAGAGUUCCUUAAAAUAGCAUUUUGUUGUUGUAACUUCGAUCCAAAAAUUCGUCCAACAUUUACAGAAUUAGUAAAACGUUUGUCACAAAUCCAAAUCGAUCAUAAACAACAACAACAAAAUGAUUUAUUAAAACAAAACCGUCCAAAGGCUGAUAUUACCAAAGGCAAAUCUGUGGAUACAUUAUUAUUACAUAAUAAUAAACAUACAACAGAUUCAUCAUCAAUAUUAUUACGUCAUCUACCAUUGAACCAUCAUUUAAAGAAUACCAACGAGAAAUCAUUUGUGGCACACAGUGAAGAACUAUUGGCUGUUUCAUCCGCUAAUUUAUUACAAAGCGACAACGAACAAAGUAAAGAUAGUACUUCAUUAAAUAGGAAACUUGUACAUCAACGUUCUUAUUCAGAAGAUUCCGGUUCAUUAGUAUUUGGACCCCACACAGCACCAAGUGAUAAAGCUCGUUGUCACUUAUUAUCACGUUCAAAUCCAGCAGAUUCCACAACAUCUUCAAUGGAUGGUAACUAUUUAACGGCAAAGAAGAUUGGAGAAAUCAUGUGUUUAGAAGACCCACACUACAAGCCCCGGAAUUCGCCUGUAUCGAAAAAGAAUCCAUUCGAGAAUCUUGUUCAGUUUCGAGGUGUCAAAAAAAUUGUCGGUGGUGCUCCAAACUCAUAUACCUCGGGGGUUAGUGAUUUAUUUUCAUCGUGCUUUGAAUUACCUUCCUGUUUUGCUGUGAAUGAUGAACGGAAAUCACCACAAAGUUUACCCGCUUCGCCGGCAUCAUCACGUAAAACAUUUGGUAGCAGUGAAGAGAACACACCUGGGGGAUCAUCCUCAACGGGAGCGACGAAAAAAUUUAAAGCAAAUUCAUUAUUCAGUCAUCCAUUAUUUAAUAAACAUGAAGAAUCAACCACUUCCACGACGUCAUCUUCCUCACCUCCUGGGGAUGUCUCAACAGCUACGCUAGGUGCGUCCUCCGACAAUAAACCCUUAAUAAAAUACAAUUCUAGUACGAAUUUGGUCGAUUUACCGUGUGAUUUAUCUUUAAAACGUCGCGGAUCAUGUGAAUCCGGAUUUUUUUCAAGUGUUGGUGAAGAUUAUCAUACUUCGUGUUGUCCUAUCGAUUUGUCCUCAAACCCACAACGACAUAAAUCCACAGCAACGUUAUCGAGUUCAAGUGCCGCGUCAAGUUUAUUUUUUUUAGAUGAUACUACCAGUACGACAGGUUGUGGAACAACAGUCAGUUCACUACGUUCCUUAGACGACUUAGAUCUUCCGUCUUCUAAUUAUUAUUUACGACACCAUCAUCAUGGUGGAAAUAUUAUAGAUAUUGAUGCACGUUAUAGUGUAGACAUGGAGUUAGCAAAACGUUUGGCUUUUGAUAUUGAACUGUCGAAUCAAAUUACGACACAUGCUGGUGGAAACCAACUGUUAUAUUCAUCAAGUAAUAAACGUACUUCAUCUAUAUAUACAGACAGUAGCGAGGAUGUAUCUAGUUUAGGAGGUGGUUCGGAUAUUAUUCAUUAUCAUCAUCAUUGGGGUGACAGUGGUUCAUCGUCAGAUCAUAAAUUCACCGGUCCAUCAAGACAACCACAUCAAAUCGCAAAAAUUGUUGAGUAUUUUGAACGAAAAGGUUGUGGAGGAAAUUUCCGUCACACAAGCUAUCAUCGAUGGAAACCUAUACCAAUAACCACAACAUCUCCAUCGAAUACAAACGACUUAGAUAAAUCAUCAGAUGAUUCAUCAUCUUCAUCGACUUCAACAACUACAAAAGAAUUUCCUUCACGAAAUUUUGCGACUAAAUUGUCGACGGUGGAUUAUAAUGAAAUUCAACGUAAUUCACGAAUUGCUGCGCUCCGGCGAAGUUUAUUAGAACGACAUCAUUUACCGUCGUCGACGUUUGUACAUAGUAACAGUAGUAGCACGAGUGGGUGUGCAAGUGGAAGUGUGAGUAGUGCGCCAAGUAGUACCUUCACUAACACCAUCAGUGGUAGUAGUAGUUUGACGACAACUAGUAUUGGGGGGAAUAAGAAAUGUUCACAACGAUUAAUGAUUUGUGAAGGUGCUGUCAGAUCGAAAUUACCUCUUUUUGAUAAAAAAUCAUAACUUAUUGUUUGGAAAAGAAAAAUGCCCUGUGUAAAAUUAUGUAGCCUUUAAUUAUAUUCCACAAAAUUUCCUGUUCGUUCAAAACAUUCAAAGUAUUUACAACUUUUUCUAUUUAUUACAACAAAACUUCGUCAUAUUUACAUAAAAUUAUACAAAAAAAUAUUUAUUUCGGAUAUCGACGAUAUAGAAAAUGAGGCAAUUCGAAGAUUAAAAAUUUAAAGACGAAACUUAUUGUCGUAAUUCAGCUGUUUGUAUCACUGGGAGACAUUUAAAUUUAGGAAAUCCAAAAAAGUAAAAACAAUUUAGAUAAAAUUUUCGGCUGAUCAACAUAAAUAUCCAAAAAAUUAUUUAAAAAAUAAAAAUUCAUUUAACAUGAGAACAUUGAAUACAGUUCUUUUUUUAUUUAUUAAAAAGAAACUGUUGGAUUAAAAUCUACAAAAUGGAAGCCUUUAUUAUUUUUAAUAAGAAGAUGUACAGA